AUGGGAGAAGAAUCGAGAACGAAGAAAACAAGAACGAAAAGGCCGAACCAACCAAAUAGCAAGCAAUUGAAGGAAAAAGUAAAGAAAAUCAAAGCGGAGAGGAAACCAGGAAUAACGUUCGCGCAGAAGAAAAAACAAAAGAAAGAAGAAGAUGCAAAGAAAAAAGGGGGGAAAUACAACACGGAGUUUGGAAAGGAAGGGAUGGUGCUGAAGAAUAAAGGAGCGAAGUUAGGACCGAUGGAGAUUCGAUACAGAGCGUUGGCGAAAUUAUUGCGACAGAUUGAACAGUUGGAAGAGAAAGAGAAGUUGGACGCGCAACAGACGAAGAAGGUGAAACGGAAAGCCUUCAUCGAAGAAGAGAUGAGACAGUUGAUAAAAGCCGCAAAAGGCGAAGACGAAGACGAUGAUGAUGAUGAUGAUGACGAUGAUGAUGAUGAUGAUGAUGAUGAUGAUGAUGAAUUCGACGAAGACGAGGAGUUUUCGGAUGAGGAACAAGACGAAGAGGAUGAAGACGAAGAGGAUGAAGAAGAAGAAGAAGAAGAAGAAGACGCAUAG